AUGCCCCUUUACGACGUCGAGCAUGUCACUCCGUUAGACUCAGGCCAACAGUCUGCUCUCGCUAAUGCCUUCACCGACCUCCACGCGACCCGCUUCAAAACGCCCCGGUGUUUCCUCAAUGUUCGUUAUACCGAGGUGAGCCGCCAGGUUGUGUUCCGAGGCGGCAAGAGAGCAACAUAUAUCCGCGUCAUAUUGCGAACUCGCGCAGGUGAACAACGCUCCGAGGAACUGUAUGACGAGCAUUGCCGCGACAUUGUGAGAAUCUGGGAAGAAAUCGUCGGAAAGGAAGGAGAGAUGGGAUUGAGGAUGGUAUGGGUGUUGGGUGCGUUGACCACUGCUGUGGAGUGUGUGGCAUUGCCAGACCCCGGGUAA